AUGUUGGAUGUCACUGAUGGGGAGUAUGAAGCUCACUUACAAAAACUGGGCAAAGAACCUAAAAGCCCUGUGAGCAUGGUGAAGAGUGAAGGCCCCAAACUGGUGCCCUUCUUUAAAGCCACUUGUGUCUAUUUUGUCCUUUGGCUGCCAACUUCCAGCCCCUCCUGGUUCAGUGCCCUCAUCAAAUGUCUGCCCAUCUUCUGCCUGUGGGUUUUCCUUCUGGCUCAUGGAAUUAACUUCUUAGUGUCACACCGGAGCGCCAGCCGGAUCCUAGCGGGACUCAUAUUCUCAGCAGUGGGAGACGCCUUUCUCAUCUGGCAGGAGCAGGGCUACUUCAUUCAUGGUCUGCUGAUGUUCGCCAUCACACACAUCCUGUACUCUUCAGCCUUCGGCAUGAAGCCUUUGGACCUCAAAGCUGGCUUGUUGAUGGGCCUUGUUUCCAGUUCCUGUUAUGCCUUCCUGUACUCCUACCUCUCAGGCCCAUUCACCUACCUGGUAGCUGUCUACAUCGCCUUGAUUGGCUUCAUGGGCUGGCGAGCAGUUGCUGGCAUGCAGCUGUGCAACGACCUCUGGACAUGGACCAAGCUCUCGGCCUGCAUCGGCGCGAUGCUGUUCAUGGUUUCGGAUCUGACCAUCGCGCUUAACAAGUUCUGCUUUCCUGUGCCCUACUCGCGCUUCAUCAUCAUGGCUACUUACUAUGCAGCCCAAAUGCUUAUUGCAUUGUCAGCUGUAGAGAGCAGAGAUGAAGAGGACUUCAGAAAGAGGAGCUAG